ACGUGGUUUACACACCACUUUCUGUACCCUCUCUACUCACCAACUUCUCUUUAUAACCUUCCUAACUCCUCUUCUCUCCACCGCCCAUCGCCACCGUCACCGCCACCUUAAAAUAUGAACUCCACCAUCACAUCAGAAAACCACCACCACCGUUUGAUCUCACGAACAACCACUUAUCCGAGAUCUGGGAUGUUUUCUAAUAGAAAUUUUCAAGAACAACCUUAUUUCUUGGAUGCAUGUUUUCUAUGUAAGAAACCACUUGGUUGUAACACAGACAUCUUCAUGUACAGGGGGGAUCUACCAUUUUGUAGUGUAGAAUGCAGAGAAGAACAAAUUGAAAUUGAUGAAACAAAAGAGAAACAACGAAAUCUGUCUAAAUCAAUCAAAGCAUUGAGGAAGAAAGAAGAGCGAGAGAAAUCUUCUUCCCCAAAAUACCCUUUCCAUUCUGGUGCAGUUGUUGCCGCUUAAUUACUUACUCUAUAUUUAAUUACUAAAUUAGGGAAAGUAAAUACUUUCCUUUUAAAAUAUUAAAGUUAAGUUUGUGAAAAAAAAAAUAUAUGACUUUUGUUAUUUUGUUACUAAACCAUGACAUGAUAUGGUGUACGGUACAACUAUUUGAAGCGUGUGCCAUUGUACAUGUGUGAGUAUAUUUGAUCCACAUUGUACAAGUUAUAAAUACGGUCAGUUUUUAUGUUGACUAUGUAUUUGUGUUAUAAUUAUAGUGACUUUUUUAUUUCAUUUU